GAACUAAAAGAUCAAAUGGCAUCAAGAAUGUUCAACGCAGGAGUGACCGAGGGACAAUCAACCACGAGGCCACCUUUGUUCGAUGGAACAAACUACUCGUAUUGGAAGGAGAGGAUGAGAAUCUUUAUCCAAUCCAACGAAUACAAGCUAUGGUUAAUUGUGAAGAACGGAUGCGGAAUCCCGAUGAAGAAAGUCGGUGAAGUCAACGUUCCCAAAACCGAAGAGGAGUUCACCGACGAAGAUUGCAAAAAGAUGGAGCUCAACGCAAAGGCAAUAAACAUGAUUUAUUGCGGUGUUAAUGCGGAUGACUACCGCAAAAUUUCGCGGUGUGAAACCGCAAAACAAAUGUGGGAGAAAUUGGAGGUCACCUAUGAAGGAACCGCGCAGGUUCGGGAGGCCAAAAUCGACCAUCUUACUCACGUGUACGAACUCUUCUCAAUGAAGGAAAACGAGAAGAUUGAGGAAAUGUUUGAGAGGUUCUCUAACAUCAUUAAUCCUCUCAAUCUUCUCGGGAAGACCUACACCGACCGAGAGCUCGUGAGAAAGGUGCUACGAAGCCUAUCCCCCAAAUGGCGUUCAAAGGUGGAUGCAAUCGAAGAAGGUCGUGACUUCCAAACAACGACCUAUGAUGCUCUUCGAGGUAAUCUUAUUACCUACGAAACCACCCAACUCUCAAAGGUGGUUGAAGAGAGGAACAAGAGGUCUAUUGCUCUACCCGCAACAACAUCAACCCACAACAACGUUGAUGAAGAAGAUGAUGACAGCGACAACACCGACCUCGGACUCUUUGUCCGAAAAUUCAAGAAGAUGAUGCUCAUGAAGGGAGCCAAGAAGAACACUCCACCCAAAUGCUAUGGGUGUGGUGAAAUUGGACACAUCAAACCAAUGUGUCCGAAGCUCAAGAACGAGAAGGACAAGAGGGCACCAAAGAAGCAACGUGCCUACAUCUCUUGGGAGAACGACGGCUCCGGGAGUGAAGACUCAGAAACGGAGGAAGUGGCCAACUUAUGUCUCAUG